UAAUUCGACCAAUGAAGGGCGUUAAAAUAGUCCUUGUUGAAUUAAUUAUUUUGACCAAUGUGAAUCAGAAACAUCUGCGGCAUAGACCAGAGCGACACCUCAUCAAUAGCGGAUCAUGGCAGUGGGUACGACGGACACGAACGGGCUGCGGCGCCGACAUGUACAGGGCGAGAACCAGGCGAAUGACACGCCACGUGCAGAUUCCACGCCGCGGCGCGCUCCGCGGCCUCAGAAGGGCUUCGUAGAGCUGCUCAUGUCUCCUCUGAGCUUCGUUCUGGGCGAUGGGGAGCCCGAAGAUCCGCAGGCGGCAGCGCGUAACUUCGCGCACAGUCUGCGGCGUCGCUACGGCGAAGAUGUGACGCCGCGCUUUGAGCACACGUCGUUCCGGGACGCGGUAUCCACUGCUCGUACUGCGUCCAAGUUCCUGUUGGUGUUCUUACACUCGAACAUCCACGACGACGCCGACACGUUCUGUCGCAAGGCCAUGUGCACGGAGCGUAUGAGCGCGUAUCUUAAUAACAGCGACUGCAUCGUCUCCUGGGCGGGCUGCGUGCAGCACGCCGAGGGGUUUGGCGUGAGUUUAUCGCUCGGAUGCGCCACAUUCCCGUUCCUCGCUCUACUGUCCUGUGUCUCGCGAGGCGUCAAUGUGGUGGAGAAGAUCACAGCCAACUUGCCGGCGGACGAGAUCAUUGAAAAGCUGAAUGCAGCAGUGGACCGCAACAACCAGAUCUUAGCCACAGCGCGCCACAUCCGCCAGCAGCGGACGGAGGCGCAGAUCUUGCGUGAACAGCAAGACCAAGAGUACCAGGAAUCGCUCGCAGCAGACCGGCGUCGUGAACAGGAGGCACGUGAACAAGCGGAACGGGACGAGAAGGAACGACUGCAGAAAGAAGAAGAGCAACGUCGUGUAGAGGAAGAGAAACAACGUCAAGAAGAGGAGAAAACUCGUCGAGAAGAGGCGUACAAGGCCGAGAUUGAAGCCAAACGCGCUCGUAUCGCUGACGGUCCAAAGUCGCGCACGCCGCCGCCAGGUGCAGACUACAAGACGGCAGUCAUCAAGUUCCACCUGCACAACGGUACUCGUCUAGAUCACAUUUUCUACGCGCACGACACUCUAAAGACUGUGCGCGACUUCAUCGACGUCGAGUUCUUCGACCGCGAGAUCUCGAUCCGGAACUACGAGUUGGCUACCAAUUUUCCCAAGAAAGUCUAUGGACCAGAGUUGCUGGACGUCACGCUAACCGAUGCGGUACGUUGCUUUAUUGAGUUUUUGUUAAGAAGGUGAUGCUUAUGGGAUGGCUAAAUUUGUUAACAGGGCUUGGCACCUCAAGCACUGGUGUUCGUGCAAGAUCUCGACUCGUAGAUACGUAAGCGAACUCUAAAUGAUGGAUGCCAAGUGGGGUUACACCCUUACUGUUACUGCUUGAUUAAUGGGACAGAGUACUCUAAACGAACUCUAAAUUAGAGUGUCUGAAAGUAAAAUAGGUAUUCAGUCUAUAGCUGCAGUGCACGCUGCUUACCGGAUGCUGCUCGGUACAUACGAUCAUGCAGAGCAGCAGCCUGUUCAUGGGACUCUAAACUCACUCCUGUAAUGAUCACACGCUCGACACCUUGCACGUUUUCGGACCAACGUAGUGAGUCGAAGAUGC